AACAUGAGUCAUCUGAAAUUGUUUGCGGCUACGCUGAAGUGGCAUGGCAUUAAACUUCUGGAAAAGCAAGAUAUAGCCAGAAAGGUAUUUUUACAUGGCCUACGGUAUGCUUCAUCAGGAACCUCAGAACCAUUCCUGAGUGGGAGUAAUUCAAAUUAUGUGGAAGAAAUGUAUUAUGCAUGGCUGGAAAACCCUAAAAGCGUACAUAAGUCGUGGGAUUUAUUCUUCAGAAAUGCUAAUGCUGGCCAAGCAUAUGAUCCCCAUCUACCAAAUCAGUUGGAAAGAAAGGCAUCAUUUCUUCAGAGCCAUGGCCUGGCCCAGACACCGGGUAAAGCUGAAAAGCUUGUGGAAGAUCACCUUGCUGUGCAGUCUUUGAUAAGAGCAUACCAAAUCCGCGGCCAUCAUGUGGCUCAGCUAGAUCCCCUUGGAAUUCUGGAUGCAGACUUGGAUUCGUUUGUUCCAUCUGACUUAAUCACUACCAUUGAUAAACUUGGGUUUUAUGGUUUGCAUGAAUCAGAUUUGGACAAAGUCUUUCAGCUGCCUACAACCACCUUCAUAGGAGGAAAUGAGAACAGUCUUUCUUUACGAGAGAUCAUCAAACGACUGGAGAAUACCUACUGCCAACACAUUGGCUUGGAGUUUAUGUUCAUCAAUGAUGUGGAGCAGUGCCAGUGGAUCCGGCAGAAGUUUGAGACGCCGGGAGUUAUGAAGUUUACUAAUGAGGAAAAAAGGACUUUGUUAGCAAGGCUGGUGCGCUCAAUGAGAUUUGAAGACUUCCUUGCUCGCAAGUGGUCUUCCGAAAAGAGAUUUGGUUUGGAAGGAUGUGAAGUAAUGAUUCCUGCACUUAAGACCAUCAUUGAUAAAUCCAGUGAAAUGGGAAUUGAAUAUGUUAUAAUGGGGAUGCCUCAUAGAGGUAGGCUGAAUGUAUUGGCGAAUGUAAUCCGAAAAGAGCUGGAGCAGAUCUUCUGUCAGUUUGAUCCCAAACUUGAAGCAGCUGAUGAGGGAUCUGGGGAUGUAAAAUAUCAUCUGGGAAUGUACCAUGAGAGGAUCAACCGAGCAACAAACAAGAAAAUCACUCUGUCCCUGAUGGCUAACCCUUCUCACUUGGAAGCAGUUGAUCCUGUUGUGCAAGGGAAGACAAAAGCUGAACAGUUUUAUCGAGGGGAUACAGCAGGGAAAAAGGUUAUGUCCAUAUUAUUACAUGGGGAUGCUGCCUUUGCAGGACAAGGAGUGGUUUAUGAGACGUUUCAUCUUAGUGACCUCCCAUCCUACACUACGAAUGGCACUAUUCACGUUGUGGUCAACAACCAGAUUGGCUUCACCACAGACCCCCGUAUGGCCCGUUCAUCUCCGUAUCCUACUGAUGUUGCUCGUGUGGUCAAUGCUCCCAUUUUUCACGUGAAUGCUGAUGACCCUGAAGCAGUGAUGUAUGUGUGCAGCGUAGCUGCAGAAUGGCGAAACACAUUCAAUAAAGAUGUGGUGGUUGAUCUGGUUUGUUACCGUAGGAGAGGGCACAAUGAAAUGGAUGAACCGAUGUUCACCCAGCCUCUAAUGUACAAGCAAAUUCAUAAGCAGGUGCCGGUGCUGAAGAAGUAUGCUGACAAACUGAUUGCAGAUGGGACUGUAACGCUGCAGGAGUUUGAGGAAGAAAUUGCAAAGUAUGAUAGAAUAUGUGAAGAAGCAUAUACUAGAUCUAAGGAUAACAAGAUACUACAUAUCAAGCACUGGCUUGAUUCACCUUGGCCUGGAUUCUUUAACGUGGAUGGAGAACCCAAGAGCAUGUCUUGUCCUCCAACUGGCAUUUCAGAAGACCUGCUGACUCACAUUGGCAACGUAGCUAGUUCAGUGCCAGUCAAAGACUUCAAAAUACAUGCAGGACUCUCUCGGAUUUUGAGAGCCCGCUUAGAAAUGACCAAGAACAGGGUUGUUGACUGGGCCUUAGCAGAGUACAUGGCUUUUGGCUCUUUUCUGAAAGAAGGGAUCCAUGUCCGACUAAGUGGACAGGAUGUGGAAAGGGGUACUUUUAGCCAUCGUCAUCAUGUGCUUCAUGAUCAAGAAGUUGACAAGAGAACGUGUGUUCCCAUGAAUCACCUUUGGGAGCAGCAGGCCCCCUAUACUGUGUGCAACAGCUCCCUUUCCGAAUAUGGUGUCUUAGGUUUUGAACUUGGCUUUGCUAUGGCGAGUCCCAAUGCCCUGGUGUGCUGGGAGGCCCAGUUUGGCGACUUCCACAACACGGCGCAGUGUAUAAUAGACCAGUUCAUCAGCUCCGGCCAGGCCAAAUGGGUUCGUCACAACGGGAUUGUCCUGCUCUUGCCACAUGGAAUGGAAGGAAUGGGUCCAGAGCAUUCAUCAGCCAGGCCUGAGAGGUUUCUGCAGAUGAGCAAUGAUGAUUCUGAUGCUUAUCCAGAGUUCAGUGAGCAGUUUGAAGUUUCCCAGCUGUACGAAUGCAACUGGAUUGUGGUGAAUUGUUCAACUCCAGCCAAUUACUUCCAUGUCCUCAGAAGACAGAUCUUGCUGCCAUUCAGAAAACCGCUGAUUAUUUUGACACCCAAGUCACUGCUGAGGCAUCCAGAAGCUAAAUCAAGUUUUGAUGAAAUGGUGCCUGGUACCACUUUCCAACGCAUGAUUCCUGAGAAUGGGCUGGCAGCUCAUGCACCGCAUGAGGUCAAGCGAGUGAUUUUCUGCACAGGAAAAGUGUACUAUGAUCUUGUGAAAGAGAGAAAGAAUCAAGACCUGGAGAAACAAGUAGCUAUAACCAGACUUGAACAGAUCUCACCAUUCCCUUUUGACCUGCUGAAAGAAGAGCUUGAGAAGUAUCCAGGUGCUGAUCUUGUUUGGUGUCAGGAGGAACACAAAAACAGUGGAUAUUAUGAUUAUGUCAAACCUCGUUUCCGCACUAUUGUGAACCACACUCGACCUAUAUGGUAUGUUGGCCGAGAGCCUGCUGCUGCAGCUGCCACAGGCAACAAGAACACGCAUCUGGUGUCGCUCAGAAGGUUCUUGGAUACAGCUUUCAACCUGGAGGCCUUUGAGGGAAAGACAUUCUAACUGCAGGGCACCGAUCCAUCUCUGACUAGUGGUCUCUCAAAUCACUGCAUCCAGAAGAGGAAAUAACAGUGGAAAGAAUACUGGAAAUUAUGUAUUUUUGCUUUACCAGAUAAAAUGAUCCAGCAACGGACUUCA